AUGCAGCAGGGACAGGGAAUCGCCAGGGGCUCCGCUCAGGGGCACCGCGGCAGCAGAGCCGCUCUCCCGCGGGGCUCCAGCCCGAGGGGACACAGCCGCCCCACCCGCAGGAGCGCCGCCGGUGCCCCGCUCUCGCGAGAACGCUGCCGGCCGUCGCCUAGCAGCAGCCGCCGCAGCCCCACCAUGGAGCCCGGUGGCCGGCGGCAGGAGGCGGCGGAGUUCUACCGAGCCCACCAAGUGCCGCAGCGGCUGGAGGAAGCGCUGAACGCCCUCUACCCGCUGCGCCCCGCAGACCUCUACGGGGAGCUGGCUAACUACUUUUCUAACAUUUCAAAAGCUCCAGUGAUAUGCAAAGUAGUUGGAAGACAAGUUCUUGAUGGUGUUGGUCAGCCAACAUUAGAAGUGGAAAUAUACUGUACAGUUAAAAACUAUGAGAAGAGAAUUUGUUCCACCAUAAUGUCUUCUCAUUCUCAAAUACCUGAGAAUGCUUCACCUGAAACAACUGAAGCUGAUGAGAAAGAAAGGAUGGACUCUGUUACCACUGGCGUGAUGUGGGUCAAUGAAUCACUGAACACAAUGUUAAAAGACCUGAAGCCUACUGACCAGCGUAAAGUGGAUCAGAUGCUUGGUGAAUACUUCACUGAAAAGGCAGAAGAAAACAAGACAAAUCAAAAGCAAGCAGAAGAAGAAGCGGAAGCCACCCUUCCUUCAGAUGCUCCUGCACUACCUGGGAAGAAAAAAGCAGCAAAAGCAGGAAAGAAGGUGGCAGUUGCAGAGAAACCAAUCCCACCUGCUGAACCUGCUGAGCCAGUGCUUUGUGGCAGCUUAGCCAUCGGGGGAACAUCACUUGCUGUAGCUAAGGCCGGUGCCACCGUUAGCCAUACUCCAUUGUACUUGUAUGUCACCCAGCUGAAGCACGGUGAGGAUUCACCUAAAGAGAUGGCUCUACCACUCCCAAUGGUUACUCUCUUGCACUGUGAAAGAAUGUCAUCUGCAAAACAGAGAUUAGUGAAGGAAGUUAUGCUCAUACCACCAGUUCAGUUAUCACUCAAACAGGGCCUAGAAAGAGUUCUGGAUAUUCAGAAAGAAAUUACGAGACUAUUUGAGCCUCCAGGCAAAGAGCCCAGCCUUCAAUUAUCAGGCAGUAAGAAAGGCAAAGCACAUAAUACAGGGAAGAAAGCUUUGCCACAAGCCUUAAAAGGAAUAUCACACUUGGGCUGCCUAAUCACAGGAUGUGAUAAUCCAGAGCAACCACUAUUACUGAUGCAGACAGCUUGCAACAACAUAGGUCUGGAGCUAGGAACAGACAUGUACUUAGCAAUAAAUUGUGCUGCUCAUGAAUUAAUGGAUUAUGAUAAAGGAAAAUAUGAGAUACUCACUGGGACGUUCAAAAGUCCUGAUGAAAUGGUUGACAUGUAUGUGGAACUGAUUAACAAAUUCCCUUGCAUUGUGGCCUUAAUAGAUCCCUUAAGAAAAGAGGACAGAGAACAAUGGAGCAACCUAUGUUGUGCUCUUGGUUCCAAAUGUUACCUGAUUGCUGAAGAGGCUGCCACUUGUAUUUCUAAACUUAAAAUUGACCAAAAUAUAAAUGUGCCAACAUGCAGUGGCAUUGUCCUAAAAUAUCUUAACCAAACCAAGGUGUCAGACCUCAUAGAGCUCACAGGACUUCUAGAUGGUCAAAGACAUAUUACCAUACUAGGAAGUCCAGAUGGAGAAUCUUCUGAUGACAGCCUUGUGGAUCUGGCUGUUGGAGUGGGUGCCAGGUUUCUCAAGUUGGGAGGUCUUUCCCGCGGAGAAAGGGUGACCAAAUACAACCGCCUGCUCGCCCUGGAGGAAGAACUGGCCAAGAAUGGAAGGCUACGUGAAGCAAACCUGGAUUUUGUUACUUUUGCUGAAGAAUCACAGCCAGAGAAACAACCUCCUGAUGUGCUCCCUGCCCCAGAGCAGGAUUCAUUGUCUCCAUAGCACUCUCAGCCAGCCCUGCAGGUUCCCAGCCCGCCUGCUGUGCCCUCUGAGAACAGCAGGCUGAUGCCUAGGAUGUCAGCAUGA